AUUUUUAUUUUUUAUUUUAGUGGGACUUUUAUUUUGACGUACUCGAUCAGUAGGCGGAAGUAGUGAGUCCUGCUGUUCUGUUGCUCGGUUCACAUUCAGAUUUACCUCCAAAGUCACACAGAACAGCUCACAGUCUUUAUUUAAUAAACUCUCUCAUCAUAUGCGUGAUAAAUGAUGAUCAGUAUGGCCUCGACUUCAUGCGAGAAGACUUUAGGACCCAAAAAGAAAAGCGAGAAGAAGAUUGCAUCGAAAGAGGAGUUCAGAUUGUUGUCCAGUAUCAUGGGUGUCAUGAAUAAUUUGAGGAAACAGAGGAUCCUCUGUGAUGUCAUACUGGUGGUGGAGGGGAAACACAUCCUGGCGCACAGAGUGGUGCUGGCCGCCGCGAGCCACUUCUUCAAUCUCAUGUUCACAUCGAGCAUGAUGGAAGCCACGAGUCAUGAGGUCGAGCUCGGAGGAGCAGAACCUGAGAUCAUUGAACUACUGGUUGAGUUUGUCUACACGGCACGGAUCUCAGUGAACAGUAAUAAUGUUCAGUCUCUGCUGAACGCUGCUAAUCAAUAUCAGAUUGAACCUGUGAAGAAGAUGUGUGUGGACUUCCUGAAAGAGCAGGUGGACGCCACCAACUGUCUGGGCAUCAGUGCACUGGCUGAAUGUCUGAACUGUCCCGAGCUGAAGGUCGCGGCGGAUGAUUUCAUUCAUCAGCACUUCACUGACGUUUAUAAAAUGGACGAGUUUCUACAGCUGGACGUUAAACAGGUGACGCACCUGCUGCAGCAGGACACACUGACCGUCAGAGCCGAAGACCAGAUAUAUGACGCAGCUGUUCGGUGGCUCAAGUACGACGUGUUGAAUCGCCAGCAGUACAUUGUUGACAUACUGGGGAAAGUUCGAUUCCCUCUCGUAUCCAAAAACUUCCUCAGCAAGACGGUCCAGGCCGAACCGUUGCUCCAGGAUAAUCCAGAGUGCCUGAAAAUGGUCAUCUGUGGGAUGCGAUAUCAUUUAUUGUCUCCAGAGGACCGCGAGGAGCUCGGUGAGAGCAGUCGACCGCGCCGCAAGAAGCACGACUACCGCAUCGCUCUGUUCGGAGGCUCGCAACCGCAAUCCUGCCGUUACUUUAACCCGAAGGAUUACAGUUGGACAGACAUUCGCUGUCCGUUUGAGAAACGGCGUGACGCCACGUCUGUGUUCUGGGACAAUGUCGUGUACAUCCUGGGCGGCUCUCAGCUCUUCCCCAUUAAACGCAUGGACUGCUAUAAUGUGGUGAAGGACAGCUGGUACUCGAAACUCGGACCCCCAAACCCACGGGACAGUCUGGCCGCCUGUGCGUCUAAAGGAAAGAUCUACACCUCAGGAGGGUCUGAAGUGGGUAGCUCUGCUUUGAAUCUGUUUGAGUGUUAUGACACGCGUACAGAGACGUGGCGGACGAAAUCCAGCAUGCUGAUGCCACGCUGCAGUCACGGUUCAGUGGAGACCAACGGGCUCAUCUACGUCUGCGGAGGAAGUCUGGGAAACAACGUAUCCGGAAGAGUCCUCAACGACUGCGAGGUCUACGACCCAAACACAGAAGAGUGGCGAGUUCUCUGUGGAAUGAGAGAAGCGCGUAAGAAUCACGGUCUGGUGGUCGUAAACUCGAGAAUAUAUGCCGUCGGUGGACAGAAUACAUUAGGCGGGCUGGACUCGGUGGAAUACUACGAGAUCGGCAGUAACGAGUGGAAGUUGGCGUCGCCGAUGCCGUGGAGGGGCGUGACGGUGAAGUGUUCGGCUGUGGGCUCCGUGAUCUACGUGCUAGCUGGGUUUCAGGGCGUCGGGCGUCUGGGUCACAUCAUGGAGUAUUACACAGACACGGACAAAUGGGUGGUGUCCAGUAAAGUCCGCGCGUUCCCCGUCACCAGCUGUCUGAUCUGUCUGGUGGACACGUGCGGCGCAAACGAAGAGGACAUGAGUUCCGCAUCCUCCUUGUCUGCAGACGGAUGAAUGGAACGUUGCCACGGCAACCGUUGCGGAUUAGAGACGGAACCGCUGGAACCCGACGGAAACGUUUCGCGUUGAUAAACGUGACAUGCCUUAUUCAUUGAUUACGGUUUGUGUCUAGAAGAUACAGAUGUGAAGAGUAUUACUCGAAUUAAACCGAUCAGGUUGAAACGUUGUUUUAUUGAGGUUAUAAACAACGUUAUCUUAUAAAUCCCAGUAGAUUGCUAUCGAGAGGACUGAAAUUCCCUGAUCUUUCCUGGUCAAUUUUUAGGAACAUUUUUAAUUUUUCUACCGUAUGUGUUUUUCUGUGUGUUUCCCCGUUGGACUUUAAACAGUUGUAUUUUUAUGUUGUUUUUAUGCUUUCUGGAGAUGUGUUUUGGUGUGUUUGUAGUAUGUGUAAACACAUUGUCACUUUAGUUUUUAAAUCAUUAUAAUUUUAUCAUCGGGAUGUUGUGAAGCUACAAAAAUACAGGCUAUUAUUUUCUGUUUUGUUUAAUGAACUAAUCUUUUUUAUUUUUAUUUUUUUUUACAAUUCAGUAAAAAUUGAAACGCCAAGCUGAGUGUUCAAGUAUUGAUUAUUGAGAAUACACAUAAAGUGCCAUAAUCUGCCAUACAUUCAUAAUGAAAAAAUAACCUUUUAUUGAGUUUUCAAUGCUUAAUUGUCUUCUAAAAGGUUUCUAAAUAUAGUAAUAAUGCAUGUGUAAUAAGAUAAGUGCAUUAUAGUGUCUAUAAAUUGAAGAAAAGUUAAAAUAUGGAUGAAUUCACAGUAUUUUAUACCCUGGUUUCUGUUUUACUGCUAUAUUCAUAAACAUUGGUACUGAUAUGGUACUGCAGGGACUUUGAAAGACUAUCAUGGUCCAACAAAUGCUGUAAGAUAUUAUUAUUUAUGUUCGGGCCAGUGAUGGUCUGUUUAUUGAUGUUUUUUGAGUGCACUGGGAUCCGUGUCUGACGGCUUGCGUAUGAAUAUUAAUUACGUUCUGUGACGUUUGCCUGCAAGGCCGAUGUGAUUGGCUGAAAAUGCUGUCGUAUGUAAACGAGCACUUGUCAAUUUGUCGAAUUACCCAAUCAUACUAUGGCAAAGGCGGGGCUUAUUAAUAUUAAUAAGGUUAGCUGACUGUACGUAGCAGAAAGGAUUCCAAGCAACGGCUAAUAAUUAAUAUUCAUGAGAUAAGCCUUUCCAUUAGUAGGAUGUGUAAUUUUGCCUCCGGUAGUGCUGGACAAGAUUCCCUGCCGCCGGCUGUUCUUGAGUAAAGUGAGAGAGUUUGACGGGUAUGAACGCACCUACAUUCCAGCCUUCAUGUGCUCGUUUUUUGGAUGUGACCUAAACUAACAGCCUUAUUAUUGUACUUUUGAUAAUCUGUUAUAUAUUGGAAAUAUAAAUGAUAAUUGUAUUAAAAACAUU